AUGGAGCGUAAACUAUUAUACGCCUUCCGGGGUUGGAUUGCAUUUGUGGCCUUCAUGGAUCUUGGAACGGCCGUUCGCUGCUACAUCGAGCGACGAAGCUUUCUGGGAGACCACUCCGAAACGCAGUUCAUCGAAGGGGAUUACACCAUCUCUCGGAUACUGGGAAUUUAUUGUAUUCUGAAAGCAGUCGCCCUGGUGCACUGCACUCUGUACAUACACUACAAACCUGUUGUGAGCAUGGGAGGGUGCUCACUGGCCAUCACCAUGAUGCUCUACGUUACUGAGGCCUUGUACUUCCGGUCGACGAAUCUCAACUUUUACGUUUUGUUUCCGUGUAUCCUUAACUCGAUGACGCUGGUCGGCCUGCUGUACAUUCCCCGAAGGCUCCGGCUGUGGGAACACCGAUUGUCGGACAACGACGAUGAGAAUUCGCAACUCCUUAGGCACAUGGGUGGUUUCAAAAAACGUUCGCGAGCCCACAAAAACAAAACGCCCUGA